CAGCAGCAGCAGCACCGCCCGCCCGGGAUGCGAGUGCUGCAACAACCUCACUCGCGUGAUUCCACAAACGGGCGUCACGCACAUUAUCCGGUUAAUUUACAUACAUAACACCGCCCACGGGGACGAACAUGAUAAUCUACCAUCGAUUGAAAGCUAACCGUGUGGAGGGGAGAAAAAAAACAGCAGGAAAAAGUUCGCAGGGGAGAGGGCUGAUUUAAACCAAGCCAAGUGUUUCGACAGAGACGGACAGGGUUGACGGGGUGUUUGCCCCACUUUUGGACUGCGAUAUGGACGCUUUGAAAUCCGCUGGAAGGGCGAUUAUACGGAGCCCCAGUAUCGCCAAACAGUCGUGGGGUUCGGGCAGACAUAAAAAGCUUCCAGAGAACUGGACGGACACAAGGGAGACCCUUCUGGAGGGGAUGGUGUUCCAGCUCAAGUACCUGGGGGUCACCAUGGUUGAGCAGCCCAAAGGAGAGGAGCUGUCUGCGGCGGCUGUCAAAAGGAUAGUGGCCACGGCCAAAGCCAGUGGGAAAAAACUCCAGAAAGUCACAUUAACGGUCUCCCCUCGCGGAAUCAUCCUUUACGACAGUGCCUCCAACCAGCUGAUAGAAAACAUCUCCAUAUACAGAAUAUCAUAUUGCACGGCGGACAAGAUGCAUGACAAAGUGUUUGCCUACAUCGUCCAGAGCCAACAUAAUGAGACUCUUGAGUGUCAUGCCUUCCUCUGCACUAAGAGAAAAAUGGCGCAGGCGGUAACCCUAACGGUGGCUCAGGCUUUCAGAGUGGCGUUUGAAUUCUGGCAGGCUGCCAAGGAAGAGAAAGAGAAGCGAGUGAAGUCAGGUUCAGACGGGGAAGGAGCCAGCAACUCUCAGUCGGAGAGCUCGGCCAGCCUGGGCAGCCUGAAGGGAGGAGAGGUAGCCACAGGGAAACUUCUGGAUUUGGCAGAGGGGGCCAAUAUGGCGCUGGUCCACUCAGGAACAAAGCAGACCGAAUCGGAUCCUUUUAUGGUGCAUAAUCACGCAACAGAGAACAACAAUACUGUAUGGGAGUUGGAGGACGGUCUGGAUGAGGCUUUCUCAAGACUCGCUGAGUCUCGCACUAACCCCCAGGUCCUGGACAUUGGGGUAAACCCUCAGGACUUCAACACUGAAGAGUGCCUGUCCCCAGGCAAAUGGGACCAAGAGGACACAGACUUCCCCGCACAAAAAGACUCUUUUGGGUUCUAAUGUGAAGCCUCCGCCAAGAAGGAGAAAAACAGGGAAAGAUGAGGAGAAAUGGUGGGUAAAACAUGUUUGCAUACUGGAGAAGUGGCAAAACAAACGUUUGUUACAUCAGUAAGGUUUCCCACCUUCUCCCUGCUGCCAAGUCCUCUGAGUGGUGCAGUCUAGUGGCUCUCGGAUGCUUCUGCAUCGACACGACCAGAGAAGGGCAACAUGAGCAGGCUGCUCACAGAACAGGCCAAAGCAAUACAAACCAAUUUAUCCCUUUUCUACAAGAAAACAUGCAGUCAUUUCAUGUUUGUUACAGUCAGUGUAUUACUUCCUUUUUUGGUGUCUGUUUACCCAUUCAUUGUAUGUAAUGUGUUUGUGGUAUGUGCUUUUGUACAUUAUGUUAAAGAAAGCGUGUGUGUUGAUGUACAGUAUAUAAAUGUACAAAAUGAGACAUGAUAA